UUGAAAUUGUCGACCGAAUAAUUGUCGACCAAACAAAUUCUGCUGAAGUUUCAACUUAUGGACCCGGCUCUGUGACUCUUCUUGGCAUUUUUUCGAAUUUGAUGGGACGCUGUUGGUUACACAUUGCCACCUGAAGUGGCGUCGUUAUAUCGUGAAGUAUGCCCUCCACUCAGGAGUCCGGCGGUUCAUCAUCGUCGAAGAGCAGCCACCGAUCAUCCAUCAAGCAAUCGGAUUUUGUCUGCCGUGUCAAAUACGGAAAUACAUUGCCCGAUGUUCCUUUUGAUCCCAAGUUCCUGGUCUACCCAUUCGAACAGAACAGAUAUGUGCAGUACAAACCAACUACACUGGAACGAGGUCACAAACAUGAGCUGCUGACAGAAGUUGAUCUGGGUGUACCCAUCGACCUGAUCGAUCCACGAACGUAUGCGGCAGACAGCUCCUCCACAACUGAGCUGCACCCUGUUGAUGAGAUGCUGCUGGAGGAUGAAGUCUCACAGCCUGCUAAUGAUAAACGCGCACGUCAGCACAACAAGCAUGUUUCUUGGCUGAGGAAAACCGAGUACAUCUCCUCCGAGUACAACCGCUUCCAGACCUCCAGUGAGAGCCUGGAGAAUAAGGUUGGAUAUAGCGUAAAGAAGAAGCUCCAGGGAGAGGACGUGUACAAGGAUCGGAAAAGUCAGAUUGCUGCCAUCGAGAAAACAUUCACGGAUGCCCAGAGACCGAUCACGAAGCAUCAUUCUAAACCGAAUGUCACAGCAAAGGAAAUCCUUCCCGUCUUCCCAGACUUCCAGCUAUGGCAGCAUCCGUUUGCCCAAGUCAGUUUCGACAACGAUCCGUCGCCGUCUGGAAAAACAACGACUGAAGAAGUGGAGAGCAUGGCCCAGGCUAUGCUCAGGGGUAUGGUUGACGAGAGUGGCAACCAGUUUGUUGCUUACUUCUUGCCGUCUACUGAGACGAAGAAGCGCCGUCGCGAGGAAGGCGAUGACUUCCCCACAGGCUCUUUACACGAGUACGAAAUGCAGCGUGAAUACAACUGGAAGAUCCGCACGAAAUCGACGCAUGCAUCUGAGGAGAUCUACUUCUUCACCAUGCGUCCUGGUGAAGGUGUUUUCUACAACGAACUUGCAACUCGUGUUCGUCUAAGCAAGCGGCGAGCUGUAGGUUCCACUGCACCGCGUAGACCAGCGUCCACUAAACUCACCGUCAAGCAGCGCAAUUUCGAGGAGACGGAACUGGCAAGCCAGGGAAAUCGGCUCAUGCAAUUGGAGCCUGUUGUUGCCGAGGAAGAUGAUGAAGAAGAGGAAGAAGAAGGAGAACAGGAGGAGGAGGAGGAACAGGCAGGCGAUAAUGAUGACGAUGGUGAUGAUGAUGACGACGAUGAUGAUGAUAGUCCUGCCUCGGAUUGAUUUAGACGAUUGCUUUCUGAUGCUGUUAGUUUUGUUUGAGGCCGUUGUCACUCAUCCUACAGUUUGUACUUUCAACGAUGCCUUUUUGAUCAUAUCACAAUGUUUGUCCACAUUUGUUUGAUAUAGCACUGGACAUAAUCAUGCUUGUGUGCGAGAAAGAGAGGAGAGCUAAAGAGAGGAAUUGCUAAAUGUGU